AUGGCGUCAACCGAGAAAAGAGCUGAUCUCAUUGCCAUUGCCCGUGGCCUGUCCGGCGUGCCGAUGUGCGAUGAUUACGAAAAAAUGAUAUCGGGCAUGUUGUACAACCCCCUCCUUCCCCGCCUCGUCGAGGGCCGGCAUCGGUGUCGCAUUUUGACGGGCGACUACAACCUGCUCGACCCGCGCACCGUGUCUUAUGAUAAGAUUGCCGAGGUCCGCUUUGAACUUUUGCAGAAACUCGUCGGUUGCGUGGGCGAGGGCACUUUUGUCGAGCCGCCUUUUCGGCCGGAUUAUGGCUGCAAUGUCAUCAUCGGGCGGGAUUGUUUUUUGAAUUGGAAUUUGACAAUUCUUGAUACGUCGCUGGUGAUUAUUGGCGACCGUGUUCAGAUGGGACCGAACGUGGGUAUCUUCACGGCGGGCCAUGAGACCAGCGUCCUGUCCAGACGCAAGUUUGUUGAGUUUGGACACGCCGUGAAAAUCGGCGAUGAUUGCUGGAUCGGUGGAAAUGUGGUGAUUCUGCCUGGAGUGACUAUCGGCGAGGGCUGCACGAUCGGAGCAGGCUCGGUGGUUACCAGGGACAUCCCACCCUUCUCGGUGGCUGUGGGUAGUCCAUGCAAAGUGCGCAAGACAAUCCAGUCUGCGGAAGAAGAAGAGAAUGACCCGGAGAACCCCUACAGGAAUAUGGUUAGGGAGUUGUGA